AUGGCGGGGCAGACGGCGUGCGCGGAUGGCAGCGCGUGCUUUAGCACGUGGAUGACGUGUGACGGCCACGUGGACUGCGCUGACGGGUCGGACGAGAACGACGUGGCGUGUGCGGGGAAGACGCCACUGCAGGACGGGGCGGGGGAGGAAGUGGGGGAGGCGGAGGGAGCAGGGGAGGUCGAGGGGGAGGGGGAGGGGGAGGGGGGAGCAGAGGAGACAAGCGAUACUGAUGGAAACCUCUCAGAAACACAGAACGAGCCUGCAACCUGCCCGCCUGGUUUCAUCUCCUGCCCCUCCUCCUCCUCAUCCGCUUUCUCCUGCGUGAAGGGUGCUCUCUGUGAUGGCAUCAACGACUGUCCCCUGGAGGCUGAUCCCUUGGCUUCCUCCUCCGCCCUCUCCUCCUCUUCCGCUGCCUCCCCCAUGCUUCCCUAUUCCAUCGAUGAACACCCCCUCUUCUGCAGCUUUUUCAUCUGCCCGCCGGGCUACCGGAAAUGUUUGAACGGGUACGUUUGCGUGAGCGAGAAGCUGUGGUGCGACGGUGUGAACGACUGCCCGAGUGUAGACCUGGUGACCGGAAAAUAUAUGUCGGUUAGAGAAGCGGCCAAGGCAAUGACAGCAGUGCUAGAAGCAGCCGCAGCCGCAAGAACAGCAGGUUUUGCUGCCGGCAGUGCUUCGACUGCUUCUCACGGAGCAGCUUAUAAAGGAGCUACGCCUGCGGCUUAUACAGAGGAUGAAAACCCGUCCAUGUGCGCAAAGCACGUGUGCGCUGAGGGCACGGUGCGGUGCGCAGUGAACAGUAAAUGCUUGGAUGCCACCCGGUGGUGCGACGGCAUCAUCGACUGCCCCGUUACCAAAAAAGGAAACGUUACCAUAAAAGCUGGUCUGAGUAGCAGCAGCAGCAGUGGGAAGGGGAGUGCGGUGGCAGCAGUGGUAACUGGAGAGGAUGAGGAUCCGGGUGUGUGUGCGAGCUGGAGUUGUCCUGAUUGGGGCAGGAAGUGCAGCAACGGAGUGCAGUGUGUGGCUCGCGACCACUGGUGUGAUGGCGUCUCUGACUGCCUUCCAGCCCCCUCCUCCUCCCCACCAUCCCUGCCACCAGCAGCAGCAGCAGCAGCAGCAGCAGCAGCAGCAGCAGCAGCAGCAGCAGCAGUGCCAGCGCCAUCAGCAUCAUCAGCAUCGACUUCACGAGAGGCAUUCAACGAUGAGGAUCCCGCCAUGUGUGCGGCGCUGGUGCUGGGGCUGACAGUGUUGAUCCACAGGAUGCGGGCAGCAACAGCGACUCGCCAUUCGACCCUGGGAAUGGGGCUGCUGACCCGGGCAGCCAAGAAAUGGGCGGCAAGAAAAGAGGCAAAGGGAAGGGGAAAGGUGGUGGUGGUGCAAAAGGCGGGGCAGGCGGGGGAGGGGGAGGAGGGGGAGGGGGAGGGGGAGGGGGAGGGAAGAGUGGUGGGGGGGCUCUAA